UUCCCCUCCUCGCAGUACGCCACAUGACCCACGUCGUCCUACAUGCGGGAGAUAUUCCGCCCAGGGCCUGACAUGCCGAUCAUUAGGCCCUUCGCCUGCAGCUUCACCUCAUCGACCCAUUUCACGUCGUCAAACUUCACGGACACCCUGUAAUGAUGCACUUGAUGACCGAAUAGCCUCUGAUGUACGACGCCUGGCUGCUGUCCACGACGACCUUCCCCCAGGAGACCACGAGCCCGACCAUGACCUGCGGCGAACUGCUGAUCGCCUGGGCUCGCCCGCCACCGAACCCACGCGUCAGCUGCCUCUCCGCGCCCACACCCAUCGGGUGCGUUCCCAACCGGCAACUGGUCGGAACCCGGCCGAUGCCCUCCAAAGACAGGAGAUCGCCCAACGCGGCCUCCAGCACCGUCAUGCCGCACGGCUGCGCCGCGUGUCAUUCCGGGCACCCGAUCACGUCCGCAGCGCCACGGGGCCAAGCACCACGGGUGGCCUUUUCCAUCCAGGUACGCAUCCAGCGCCACGACCCACGCACCGCCGAGGCGCGGCGCCCCGCCGCGAAGUACCCCAGGCGUCUCACUGGGUCGAGGCUGCUGCAGCUCGGCUGCCGUAAAUACAUGAGCUACCUGACCAGACACUGACCGAGACGGGCCAGCGUCGCCUCCCCCAGCUGCAACAGCGUGGCCGGAAGAGCACGCUCUCGGCCGUGGCCUCCGCGAAUCGCGUGGACCUGCGCGGGCGGGAGCGGCGCCGGGGCGCCUGCCCGCCCCGCCUCGGCCUCCAGCACCUCGCCUCGUCGCCCGCCAGCCGCUGCCGUUCCGCCCUUCCCGCCUCAGAGGCCUCUACUGGCAGGAGGGCCAGGCCCCGCGGUCCGGCACGCCAGCGGGAGCAGCUCCACGACCUUGCACCGCGCCCUUCAGGUCCGCGGGGCUUGUGAGUCGGCGGCGCCGAGGGCCCUCGAGCGCGAGCGGCAGACCGCAGUGCGAACUGCGACCGAGCACUGUCGAAGGCGCAGGCAGGUCCGCGGGGUCCUGGCGGCCAGCUCUCGCGCUGGCUCGCGUCGUCGAGCGCGGCCCCCCUGCUCGGCACCUCGGGGCCCUCGCGGGCCAGCAGCUCGCGCACCACCUCGGGAGCCGGCGCGAGCGCGAGCGCCGAGGCCCGCUCGGCGCGGCUCUGGCGAGCCGGGCACAGCCGCGCCACCGCG